CCACGGAAGAAUAACAUCAACCGUCAACGCUCACACAACAGCUGAACCUUCCUCAACAGAAACGUCAGGUGUGCUCUUCACUCUCCUCACUUCUCGGUCCGGCAAAAAGUAACCAGAGAGCCUUCAGACGUACGAGCCACGAGGCCAUGACAUUCCCAACGGACCUGCUCAACGCCGAUGGGACCGUCCGCUGAAAAAUGACUCGCCCCAUGCAAUGUCUAGUAUUUUUGUGUAAUAAUGACUGUGACUUAUACAGCGGAAGUCGCUACGUGCCGAGGCUUUGGCUGUUUCCUCACUCUAUUAUUAAGAUGGAGAGGGAGUAUAUAUAAGCUGAUCUGGCCCGACUUAUGCGCUUUCCUUACACUCUACUACAGUUUAAACUUCACCUAUCGAUAUGCACUCACUAAAGAGCAAAAAGUUGUUUUUGAAACUGUAUCGGAAUAUUGUGAGACAUACAGUGACUUCAUACCAUUGUCAUUUGUGCUUGGAUUCUACAUUUCGAUUAUCAUGCAAAGAUGGUGGGAUCAGUAUUCAAGCAUACCAUGGCCCGAUCCGGUGGCUGUGUACGUCUCUUCUCAUAUUCACGGCCAGGACGAACGUGGUCGGCUUAUGAGAAGGACAAUCAUGCGAUACGUGUGCCUUUGCCUUACUAUGGUAUUCUCUAUGAUAUGUCCCCGGGUUAAAAAACGAUUUCCAACGUUGGAACAUUUUGUUGAAGCAGGACUGAUGACUGACAACGAAAAAAACAUUGUGAUAGAUUUAAACGAGAAAUUUCCCCAUCAUUCCAAGCACUGGCUACCCAUUGUAUGGGCUGCCAGUAUUGUCACAAGGGCUCGAAAAGAGGGCAGGAUAAGAGAUGACUUUUCUGUUAAAACGAUUAUAGAUGAAUUAAAUAAAUUUCGAGGGCAGUGCGGCCUACUACUUAAUUAUGACAGUAUCAGUGUUCCUCUAGUCUAUACACAGGUCGUCACUUUAGCUACUUAUUCAUUUUUUUUAACAUCAGCGAUUGGGCGGCAGUGGUUAGAUGUGCCUUACGAUACUAAGUUAAGAAAUAGAGCUAAUCCAAUCGACCUUUAUUUUCCUGUCUUCACAACGCUACAGUUUUUCUUUUAUAUGGGUUGGCUUAAAGUGGCUGAAAGUUUGAUUAAUCCUUUUGGGGAAGAUGACGAUGAUUUUGAAAUCAAUUGGAUUGUUGAUAGAAACGUGACUGUCUCGUAUCUUAUAGUAGAUGAAAUGCACCAUGAACAUCCUGAACUUAUAAAGGAUCAAUACUGGGAUGAAGUGUUUCCAACGGAAUUACCCCAUACGAUUGCCUCACAGCCAUUUAAAGGCAAAGUGCCUCAACCGAGUACGGCUAACAUUGCCAUUUCCAAUACAAUGGCUGAGUAUAUAAAUCCAUCUUCAGUAAAAAUCGAUGAAUUGGCUAUGGCAGAUGAUAAUCAAAGUGGUAUCCACUUUUUGGCUAAUCGGUCUUCAUCGAGAGUAAGCAUGGGUGGAAGAAUGAGGACGAUGUCGGGCAGUUCGGCCACCUCUGUUAAUAAUCUAGGAUCCCAUUCUGCCUCGUUGCACAGGGUCGGCUCAGUGACGUCAGUUCUGAAGAAAAUAUUUUCCCGAGAUUCUCCUGCUGUAGUUGAUGGGCAAAUCGGUGGUAAACUGCCUGAGAGUUUAAGCAGCAACAGCUUGGCUGGAAAAAUCAGCGUUCCUGUCGGCGGAGGUUCUACGAGAAUAACGGACCAAGUUAUCGAAGAAGUCGAUGAACAAGCGACAAUUACUUCAAUGAUGGGCAAGGGGCCGGAAGUACGUCCAACGGCGGAAAGUAUUUUUCAAAAUCAAAUAAAAGCGAGCAACCCGGUUCCUGUGCCUGUAAGGAGAACGUCAAAUUCUCACAUGCGGCACAUCGGAAAUCCCACUUCUCUUCCGCCUACGCUUCCAGUUUCUCCAGCUAGGAGCCAUGCCGCUGAUCUCAUGUCCGUCCAAUCGGCUCCCGGAUUCGACAAUUCAUCAGGCCUCGGAUCUGGGUCGAUUUGCCCUCAUAUCGAUUCCUUGUCUAUAGGUUCGGAGACUGAAGAUGAAGAUUCAGAAAAAUGUAAAGAAGACGAAUUUGAAAGGUUAAAGGAAGCGAGGCAGAAGGAAAUGGAGAGGAUCGCUUUAGCGCGGAGCAUCAGUGCGAUUGCCGGCUCUCGGGCACCGUCUCCUGAAGAUGAUGGUAUAGCACUUCUGGAUAUAACCAAUGAUUCCCAGGCAGUACUAAUACCAUCUAAAAAAUAAUCGCAUAUUCUUAAUGCAAGGCAGUAUUAUAUUUUCCUCUUUUUGUUAUUUAGUUUAAAUUAAUAUUUUAUUGACAGGUAUUAUACAUCAGGAGUAAAGUUCAAAAGACAUAGUGAUAUGGAAACUAGAAAUGCUUCUGUAAAUAUUCAUGGUUUUAACAGUAUGCACUGCUUUCAUUACUAUUCAAAAUUACUAGAGUCUAUUAGGUUAUUAAAUUAACAAGGUUUUUAAUAUAACAUUGUUGUUUUAUUCAUUUUUUUUCACCAUUAUUAUCAUUAAUCUUAUUUUAUCAUUAAUCAUUUCAUUAUUUAUUUAUAUUAAAUUUUUUUGUAAUAACACAAAAACUUUCUUGUUAAAACUAAUUUUUAUUAACUGACAGUUAAUAUUGUGAUAAACUUCAUAUUAUUUAAGUACAUAGUUACUAUUAUUGAUUAUUUCAAUAGAAUCUUAAGCCUGUUAAGUGAUAUUUGUUUUACUGAAAACAAAAAUGUCUUUGGUUAAGAAUAAACCAAUAUAAAAGUACAAUGAAAAUGUAAAUGUGUAAAACGUAUUUUCCCACUUGGGACAAAUACAGUAAAUGUUUUAUUCCCCUGAGAUCAAUUACGUUUGUAACAAUUUGGAAUAAAAAUACACUUUUAUGAAACUAA